AUGACCGUCGAUCAGUUCACAGCGGCCUACUUCGCUCGCCAGGAGUCGCUCCGAUGCGAGCUCCUGCGCAGCAUGGCCAGGCGCGCAUCGAACAGUAGAGAAAGGAACACCUCCGAAGUUUCUGGCUCCGAGAUGGCCCCAAGUCGCCUUGUAGACCAUGCCGGUAAAGAAGCCGAACCGCCGACGAGCAACAGCUUUGGAGAAGAACUUAAAGAGAGUGUCCAUCAGCCAGUCCAGCCGCCCAUCACGCUUGAAACCGAGGCUCCGUGGGAGUACCCGGACAGGGCGUGGCGCAAGCACCCCAUGGUGAUGAAGUACUCUGAAGAGGCCUGGGUCUUCAUCCCCACUGAGUCGUAUCCCGCCCAUGCCGAUGCGGCUUUCUCACUGGUAACCUGGUUGCGUCAACCCGGAAAGCUCUAUCGGCCGUCGACGAAGUCACUCCACUCGGGCGUUGUGAGGGUCGAGCGAUUGGGCUGGAUUGUGACGUUUGGCAACCUGCCUGGCGCUCUGGACCGCAUGGUCCUCUUACUGGAGUGGAAGGCAGGUCAGACCUUGAUGUUCAAGGGUACGAAGUACACCAUCACGAUGCACACCCAUAUCCCUCUGGAGUGGAUGCUCUGA